CACGUCUCCUCCAUGGUGACAUCUGUCCGACCAACAUUCUUGUUACUUGCCUCAUGUCGGCCCAGCUGGCCCAUUUAGGUGCGGCAACAUUCAUCGAUGCCCCACUGUCAGCUAGUCGGAUCACUCAGUCCAGAGUACACGGCUCCUUAACGAAUGGACGGGACAUCAUACAGUAAAAGCAAAGAGACAGACGUCUACAGUUUGGGAGUGACCCUGAUGGAGCUGUUAACUGGUCAAACACCAGCCAGUCAUCCUCGUUGCAGAGAUCGCCAAGUGCAUCUAAUGGAGCAAAGAGAAGUUUGCAUGACGUGUAUGAAGAUGUUGUAUUCACAACCUAGUCAACGUCUGACUGUGUCUCAAGCGCUUACAGGAAUAGCAAACAUCAGUGAGACGGUUGAGUACAUUGCUGGUGCUCUUCGUGUUACCGAUGGUUGUGCUCUUGCUGCUGCUGCUCUUUGUGUUGCCGAUGGUCGUGCUAGUGCCCGUCGUGUUGCUGUAGAUGUUGUCGUUGGUGAUCUUCUUGAUGGUGUACGGUGGUGGUGCUGCUGCAGGCAUCGUUGCUGGUUGUGGUGCUGCUGUUGGUGUCGUUGCCGGUUGUUGUUGUUGUUGAAGUGCUUGUGUUCGUGCCGGCACCGGUCCUGGUCCUGGUGGUGUUGCUGUUGGCACCUUUGCCAGUUGUUGUUGUUGAAGUGCUCAUGCUGGUCCCAGUGCAUGGGCUGGUGCAGUUCCUUAGUCUGUGCUGUUGUUGGGGUUGCCAGUACUGCUGCUGCUGCUCAUAUAGUUGCUGCUGCUGUUGGAAGUGGGCAAAUACAAGUACUGUUGCUGAUGUUCCUGUUGCUGAGGAAUGUUGUGCAAGUACCAUUGCUGAACAGGGUUGUGCAAAUGCCAAAGCUGCUGCUGGAAGUGCUCGUGCGUUGAUGGCUG